UUUGCUCCUCUCCGCGCUCCUUUGCUCCUCUCCGCGCCGCUCCGCUCCUCUCCGCUCCUCCUGCAAACUUUUGCUGCCGCGGAGCGGCUCCGCCGCUCUUCCCGGGAGGCGAGGUCGGAGCCGUGCCCGCGUCCCGGGCGGGUGCCCCAGGGGGUCUCCCGGCUAUUUUUUCCCCUGGUUUUGAUUGUUUUUCCUCCUUUUUUUUUUUUUCCUUCUUUUUUUUUUGCUUGUUUGUAUCUUUGGGUUUUGUUUCUUUUUUUUUCCGCGGGGAGGGGUGGGGAGGGAAGGGACUAUAAAGCGGCAAGGGACGCGAGUGACACAGUCCCUGCUGCAGCCCUGCUCCUGUCGGAGCACCCCCGCCCCCCUAAUCAAGGAGCCCCUCUCGCCCCUCGGGGAGCAGGACGGUACGGCACUGGACGCCGCAAGGAUGUAUGGUUACCGUAAGAAGGCCUGAAGAUUUUGGGGUUGUUUGGAUGUUCGUUCACCCAUGACAGUCUGAUCUAUCUGCCGGGACAGUGGGGAUCUGCGUGGGGAACGAUAGACACACUGGGUCUUGGAAAGUCUUUGCUGCUGUAACUGCGGGAUGCUCCUGCUGCACUGCCCGCUGCUGCUGCUGCUGUUGCUGCCACUCAGCUCCAGGCCCCAGAAGUUACCUACCAGGGAUGAGGAGCUCUUCCAAAUGCAGAUCCGGGACAAAGCGUUUUUUCACGAUUCAUCGGUCAUCCCAGAUGGAGCUGAAAUUAGCAGCUACCUCUUCCGAGACACCCCUAAAAGGUAUUUCUUCGUGGUUGAAGAGGACAACACUCCCUUAGCAGUGACAGUGACACCCUGUGAUGCCCCUCUGGAGUGGAAACUGAGUGUGCAAGAGCUCCCAGAGGAAGCCAGCGGAGAAGGUUCAGGUGAACCAGAACCUCUUGAGCAACAGAAACAGCAGAUUACUAAUGAGGAAGGCACAGAGCUAUUCUCUUACAAAGGCAAUGAUGUUGAGUACUUUGUGUCCUCUAGUUCCCCAUCUGGUUUGUACCAACUAGAUCUGCUGUCGACAGAGAAAGAUACACAUUUUAAAGUGUAUGCAACCACUACUCCAGAAUCAGAUCAACCUUAUCCUGAACUACCUUACGAUCCCAGAAUCGAUGUCACUUCUCUGGGACGUACAACAGUGACACUGGCAUGGAAACCAAGUCCCACCGCCUCCUUACUGAAACAGCCCAUUCAGUAUUGCAUAGUCAUCAGUAAAGAGCACAAUUUCAAAAGUCUCUGUGCUGUUGAAGCCAAGCUUAGUUCUGAUGAUGCCUUCAUGAUGGCUCCAAAACCAGGUCUGGAUUUCAGUCCAUUUGACUUUGCCCAUUUUGGCUUUCCCUCAGACAACAACUCUGGCAAAGAACGUGGCUUCCUAAAAUCAUCAAAGUUUGGGCGCCAGGCAUCCUCAAAGCCGAAAGUUGACCUGCAUAAAGUUUGUAUUGGGAACAAGAACAUCUUCACAGUGUCAGACCUGAAGCCCGACACACAGUACUACUUUGACAUGUUUGCAGUGAAUACCAACACUAAUAUGAGUACUGCAUACGUUGGCACCUUUGCCAGAACGAAGGAGGAGGCUAAACAGAAAACAGUUGAACUGAAGGAUGGCAAAGUUACAGAUGUAUUCAUCAAGAGAAAGGGAGCCAAAUUUCUACGUUUUGCUCCUGUUUCAUCUCACCAAAAAGUCAUCUUCUCUGUUCAUUCAUGCCUGGAUGCUGUUCAGAUCCAAGUUAGGAGAGACGGAAAACUGCUCCUGUCUCAAAACGUGGAGGGUGUGCGGCAGUUCCAGCUUCGGGGAAAAGCAAAAGCUAAAUAUCUCAUUAGGCUGAAAGGAAGCAAAAAAGGUGCUUCUGUGCUGAAGAUCUUGGCUACAACGAGGCCUAACAAGCAGUCAUUUCCCUCUCUUCCUGAAGAUACGCGAAUCAAAGCCUUCGACAAACUCCGCACGUGUUCUUCAGUCACGGUGGCGUGGCUGGGCACACAGGAGAGAAACAAAUUUUGCAUCUACAAAAGGGAAGUGGAUGACAAUUACAAUGAAGAGCAGAAGAAAAGAGAGCAGAACCAAUGCUUGGGCCCAGACACAAGGAAGAAGUCAGAAAAGGUUAUCUGUAAAUACUUCCACAGCCAGAACAUCCAGAAAGCAGUGACCACAGAGACAAUCAGAGGCCUGCAACCUGGCAAGUCCUACCUGCUGGACGUUUACGUGAUAGGGCACGGUGGGCAGUCAGUGAAAUAUCAGAGCAAAUUGGUGAAAACAAGGAAGUUCUGUUAGUGCCCCUGUACAUAGAAAUAUAUGGAACUCCGGUCUGAACAGUAUCCUACUUCUAAGUAUAUGGAUUGACUACUUGCACAGCUGAGAAGUUGUGACCUGUAUUUGUACUGUGUAGAAAAGAUAUCAACUUGUAUAUUUAUGUUUACGUAAGUAAUUGUUUGGAGGAACUGAGGCUGGUGCUCUCUGGUAGCAUCUGGCAAUGGUAUUGUCCUGUGUCCGAUGACCCACAUGUGAUGCUCACUAGAUGUCCAAGGAAACCUUGAAGGAACUGGCACUCCUGUGCUUCCAUAUUGCAUGAACUGCUUCUAAAUUAUUUUACACUUUAAAAGCUGAGAUACACUAUUCGUCCACCUGGUUAUUCACACACAAAGCUCACAGCCAUACACCCUUUCUCUCAGUGUAGAUGGUAGGGUUUCUGUAAAUUAUUUUAUAGAGUCUUGUUUUAAAUGUUUAUGUUUCUAUGAUUGUAAACUAUUAAAAUCUUUCCCCAAUAAAAUACAGAUCUAAACUAAAUAUUAACUGGGCUGCACAUGAAGCAGUUUAAUUGCUAAUGUAAAUUCUUACCUAGGCUGAUUUUCAUGUUUAAAUACUGUAUGUAUUUCAUGUACAAAGUUGCCAUAACAUUAUAUUCCUGUACAUAAAAUUAAAAAUAUUAGGUUAUA